UAUCAACACAAGUACUACAACUAUCAUUCGAUGAACAAUUUGCACAUGGUUUUAUGCAUGGAUUACACAAAUUUUCAUUUAACCAAUAAGUAUCAUUACACUAAGUACAUAUUGUUGUAGAAGAACAUGCUUUACAAUUACUUGGACAUAUUUCACAUAAAUAAGUUGAUGGAUUUUUUACGUAACCAAUAUUGCAUGCACAGGUUAGAAUUACUUAAUUUGUAGUAUCAACACACGCUUCACAAUUUAUAGCAACUGUUGAACAGGUUUAAUAUGGCCUAGCACAUUUUAAACAAUCAUUUUCACUCUUUUAGAAACCUUGUUUACAAAUAUCGCAAUUUGAGGAAUAAGCCACACAUUAUUAACAUUCAUUUGGACAACAAUUUGCUGAAUAAUAUUUUUCAAAUUACCCCAAUAGAGAAUUCCGCCUAAUAUUACCAAGACAAAGAUGUUGUUCUAUCUCAUUCUAUAUUUUUACUUGAGUUAAUGAGUUUUAAAGAUUUUAUUAAUAGAAUUACAAAUCAAAACUUCAUCUUAAAAUUUUUAAAUUAUUUUUUUAAUUCUGAAUUUAGUUCCUGCAGAGAAUUUUGA